GCGGCGGCGGAACGGGGGGUGGGGGGGCCGCGGCGGCGGCUGCGGCGACCCCGCUCGGCGCAUUGUUUUUCCUCACGGCGGCGGCGGCGGCGGGCCGCGGGUGGGGAGCAGAGCCCGGAGCCCCCUCGUCGUCGGGCCGCGAGCGAAUUCAUUAAGUGGGGCGCGGGGGGGGGGAGCGAGGCGGCGGCGGCGGCGGCGGCGGCGGCACCAUGUUCCCGGGGACUGCCUGAGCCGCUCGGCCGGGCGCCGUCGCUGCCAGCCGGGCCCUGGGGGGCAGCCGGGCCGCCGGGGCGCCCUCGCCGCGGAGUGUCGCGCUCGGGAGGCGGGCAGGGGAUGAGGGGGCCGCGGCCGGCGGCGGCGGCGGCGGCGGCCGGGGGCGGGCGGUGAGCGCUGCGGGGCGCUGUUGCUGUGGCUGAGAUUUGGCCGCCGCCUCCCCCACCCGGCCUGCGCCCUCCCUCUCCCUCGGCGCCCGCCCGCCCGCUCGCGGCCGGCGCUCGCUCCUCUCCCUCGCAGCCGGCGGGGCCCCCGACCCCCGCCUGGGCCCUCGCCGGCCCGGCCGCCCGCUCCCGGGGCUGUUUUCACGAGCAGGUGAAAAUGGCCGAGAACUUGCUGGACGGACCGCCUAACCCCAAACGAGCCAAACUCAGCUCGCCCGGUUUCUCGGCGAAUGACAGCACAGAUUUUGGAUCAUUGUUUGACUUGGAAAAUGAUCUUCCUGAUGAGCUGAUACCCAAUGGAGGAGAAUUAGGCCUUUUAACCAGUGGGAACCUUGUUCCAGAUGCUGCUUCCAAACAUAAACAACUGUCGGAGCUUCUACGAGGAGGCAGCAGCUCUAGUAUCAACCCAGGAAUAGGAAAUGUGAGCGCCAGCAGCCCCGUGCAGCAGGGCUUGGGUGGCCAGGCUCAAGGGCAGCCGAACAGUGCGAACAUGGCCAGCCUCGGUGCCAUGGGCAAGAGUCCUCUGAGCCAGGGAGAUUCUUCAGCCCCCAGCCUGCCAAAACAGGCAGCCAGCACCUCUGGGCCCACCCCCCCUGCCUCCCAGGCACUGAAUCCUCAAGCACAAAAGCUGGCGACUAGCAGCCCUACCACGUCACAGACCGGACCUGGUAUCUGCAUGAAUGCCAACUUUAACCAGACCCACCCAGGCCUCCUCAAUAGUAACUCUGGCCAUAGCUUAAUGAAUCAGGCUUCUCAAGGACAGGCGCAAGUCAUGAAUGGAUCUCUUGGGGCUGCUGGCAGAGGAAGGGGAGCUGGAAUGCCAUACCCUACUCCAGCCAUGCAGGGGGCCACGAGCAGCGUGCUGGCUGAGACUCUAACGCAGGUUUCCCCGCAAAUGGCCGGCCACGCAGGACUGAACACCGCACAGGCAGGAGGCAUGGCCAAGAUGGGAAUAACUGGGAACACAAGUCCAUUUGGACAGCCCUUUAGUCAAGCUGGAGGGCAGCCAAUGGGAGCCACUGGAGUGAACCCCCAGUUAGCCAGCAAACAGAGCAUGGUCAACAGUUUGCCCACCUUCCCUACAGACAUCAAGAAUACUUCAGUCACCAACGUGCCAAAUAUGUCCCAGAUGCAAACAACAGUGGGAAUUGUACCCACACAAGCAAUUGCAACGGGCCCCACUGCAGAUCCUGAAAAACGCAAACUGAUACAGCAGCAGCUGGUUCUACUGCUUCAUGCUCAUAAGUGUCAGAGACGAGAGCAAGCAAACGGAGAGGUUCGGGCCUGCUCGCUUCCACACUGUCGAACCAUGAAAAACGUUUUGAAUCACAUGACGCACUGUCAGGCUGGGAAAGCCUGCCAAGUUGCCCAUUGUGCAUCUUCACGACAAAUCAUCUCUCAUUGGAAGAACUGCACACGACAUGACUGUCCUGUUUGCCUCCCUUUGAAAAAUGCCAGUGACAAGCGAAACCAACAAACCAUCCUGGGGUCUCCGGCUAGUGGGAUUCAAAACACAAUUGGUUCUGUUGGCACAGGGCAACAGAAUGCCACUUCUUUAAGUAACCCAAAUCCCAUAGACCCCAGCUCCAUGCAGCGAGCCUAUGCUGCUCUCGGACUACCCUACAUGAACCAGCCCCAGACGCAGCUGCAGCCUCAGGUUCCUGGCCAGCAACCAGCACAGCCUCAAACCCACCAGCAGAUGAGGACUCUCAACCCCCUGGGAAAUAACCCAAUGACCAUUCCAGCGGGAGGAAUAACAACAGAUCAGCAGCCCCCAAACUUGAUUUCAGAAUCCGCUCUUCCAACUUCCCUGGGGGCCGCAAACCCCCUGAUGAACGAUGGCUCCAACUCUGGUAACAUUGGAACCCUCAGCACUAUACCAACAGCAGCUCCUCCUUCCAGCACUGGUGUAAGGAAAGGCUGGCAUGAGCAUGUCACUCAGGACCUGCGGAGCCAUCUAGUGCAUAAACUAGUCCAAGCCAUCUUCCCAACACCUGAUCCUGCAGCUCUAAAGGAUCGCCGCAUGGAAAACCUGGUAGCCUAUGCUAAGAAAGUGGAAGGGGACAUGUAUGAGUCCGCCAACAGCAGGGAUGAAUAUUAUCACUUACUAGCCGAGAAAAUCUACAAGAUACAAAAAGAACUAGAAGAAAAACGGAGGUCGCGUUUACAUAAACAAGGCAUCUUGGGGAACCAGCCAGCCUUACCAGCCCCAGGGGCUCAGCCCCCUGUGAUUCCACAGGCACAACCUGUGAGACCCCCAAAUGGACCCCUACCCCUUCCAGUGAAUCGCAUGCAAGUUUCUCAAGGGAUGAAUUCAUUUAACCCCAUGUCUUUGGGGAACGUCCAGUUGCCACAAGCACCCAUGGGACCUCGUACAGCCUCUCCAAUGAACCACUCUGUACAGAUCAACAGCAUGGGCUCAGUGCCCGGGAUGGCCAUUUCUCCUUCCCGAAUGCCUCAGCCUCCGAACAUGAUGGGUGCGCACACCAACAACAUGAUGGCCCAGGCGCCCGCUCAGAGCCAGUUUCUGCCACAAAACCAGUUCCCGUCAUCCAGCGGAGCAAUGAGUGUGAACAGUGUGGGGAUGAGCCAGCCGCCAGCCCAGACAGGCGUGUCACAGGGACAGGUGCCUGGUGCUGCUCUUCCUAACCCUCUCAACAUGUUGGGGCCUCAGGCCAGCCAGCUGCCCUGCCCUCCAGUGACACAGUCACCAUUGCACCCGACGCCACCUCCUGCUUCCACGGCUGCUGGCAUGCCAUCUCUCCAGCACCCUACACCACCUGGGAUGACUCCUCCCCAGCCAGCAGCUCCCACUCAGCCAUCAACUCCUGUGUCGUCUUCCGGGCAGACUCCUACCCCGACUCCCGGCUCAGUGCCCAGUGCUACCCAAACCCAGAGCACCCCUACAGUCCAAACAGCAGCCCAGUCCCAGGUGACCCCGCAGCCUCAAACCCCAGCUCAACCCCCGUCUGUGGCUACCCCUCAGUCAUCGCAGCAGCAGCCAACACCUGUGCAUGCCCAGCCUCCUGGCACGCCGCUUUCCCAGGCAGCAGCCAGCAUUGAUAACAGGGUCCCUACCCCGUCCUCGGUAGCCAGUGCAGAAACCAAUUCCCAGCAGCCAGGACCUGAUGUACCUGUGCUAGAAAUGAAGGCGGAGGCCCAGACGGAGGACAAUGAGCCCGAUCCUGGUGAAUCCAAGGGGGAGCCCAGGUCUGAGAUGAUGGAGGAGGAUUUGCAAGGUGCUUCUCAAGUUAAAGAAGAAACAGACACAACAGAGCAGAAAUCAGAACCAAUGGAAGUGGAUGAAAAGAAACCUGAAGUGAAAGUAGAAGUUAAAGAGGAAGAAGAGAGUAGUACUAACGGCACAGCCUCUCAGUCAACAUCUCCUUCACAGCCACGCAAAAAAAUCUUUAAACCAGAGGAGCUACGUCAGGCCCUCAUGCCAACCCUAGAAGCACUGUAUCGACAGGACCCAGAGUCUUUACCUUUCCGGCAGCCUGUAGAUCCCCAGCUCCUUGGAAUUCCAGAUUAUUUUGACAUUGUAAAAAAUCCCAUGGACCUCUCAACCAUCAAGCGGAAGCUGGACACAGGGCAAUACCAAGAGCCCUGGCAGUAUGUGGACGACGUCUGGCUCAUGUUCAACAAUGCCUGGCUCUAUAAUCGCAAGACAUCCCGAGUCUAUAAGUUUUGCAGUAAGCUUGCAGAGGUCUUUGAGCAGGAAAUUGACCCUGUCAUGCAGUCCCUUGGAUAUUGCUGUGGACGCAAGUAUGAGUUUUCCCCACAGACUUUGUGCUGCUAUGGGAAGCAGCUGUGUACCAUUCCUCGCGAUGCUGCCUACUACAGCUAUCAGAAUAGGUAUCAUUUCUGUGAGAAGUGUUUCACAGAGAUCCAGGGCGAGAAUGUGACCCUGGGUGACGACCCUUCACAGCCCCAAACGACUAUUUCAAAGGAUCAGUUUGAAAAGAAGAAAAAUGAUACCUUAGACCCUGAACCUUUCGUUGAUUGCAAGGAGUGUGGCCGGAAGAUGCAUCAGAUUUGCGUUCUACACUAUGACAUCAUUUGGCCUUCAGGUUUUGUGUGCGAUAACUGCUUGAAGAAAACUGGCAGACCUCGCAAAGAAAACAAGUUCAGUGCUAAGAGACUGCAGACCACGAGACUGGGAAACCACUUGGAAGACCGAGUGAACAAAUUUUUGCGACGCCAGAAUCACCCUGAAGCCGGGGAGGUUUUUGUUCGAGUGGUGGCCAGCUCAGACAAGACAGUGGAGGUCAAGCCUGGAAUGAAGUCACGGUUUGUGGAUUCUGGGGAAAUGUCUGAAUCUUUCCCAUAUCGAACCAAAGCACUGUUCGCUUUUGAGGAAAUUGACGGCGUGGAUGUCUGCUUUUUUGGAAUGCAUGUCCAAGAAUACGGCUCUGAUUGCCCCCCUCCAAAUACAAGGCGAGUGUACAUUUCUUAUCUGGAUAGUAUUCAUUUCUUCCGGCCACGUUGCCUCCGCACAGCCGUUUACCAUGAGAUCCUUAUUGGAUAUCUAGAGUAUGUGAAGAAAUUGGGGUAUGUGACAGGGCACAUCUGGGCCUGUCCUCCAAGUGAAGGAGAUGAUUACAUCUUCCAUUGCCACCCACCUGAUCAAAAAAUCCCCAAGCCAAAACGACUGCAGGAAUGGUACAAAAAGAUGCUGGACAAGGCGUUUGCAGAGCGGAUCAUUCAUGACUACAAGGACAUUUUUAAACAAGCAACUGAAGACAGACUCACCAGUGCCAAGGAACUGCCCUAUUUUGAAGGUGAUUUCUGGCCCAAUGUGUUAGAAGAGAGCAUUAAGGAACUAGAACAAGAAGAAGAGGAGAGGAAAAAGGAAGAGAGCACCGCAGCCAGUGAAACCACCGAGGGCAGUCAGGGCGACAGCAAGAAUGCCAAGAAGAAGAACAAUAAGAAGACCAACAAGAACAAAAGCAGCAUCAGCCGCGCCAACAAGAAGAAGCCCAGCAUGCCCAAUGUGUCCAAUGACCUGUCCCAGAAGCUCUAUGCCACCAUGGAGAAGCACAAGGAGGUCUUCUUCGUGAUCCAUCUGCACGCCGGGCCUGUCAUCAACACCUUGCCCCCCAUCGUCGACCCUGACCCCCUGCUUAGCUGUGACCUCAUGGACGGGCGAGACGCCUUCCUCACCCUGGCCAGAGACAAGCACUGGGAGUUCUCCUCCUUGCGCCGCUCCAAGUGGUCCACGCUGUGUAUGCUGGUGGAGCUGCACACCCAGGGCCAGGACCGCUUCGUCUACACCUGCAACGAGUGCAAGCACCACGUGGAGACGCGCUGGCACUGCACUGUGUGCGAGGACUACGACCUCUGCAUCAACUGCUAUAACACGAAGAGCCAUGCCCAUAAGAUGGUGAAGUGGGGGCUGGGCCUGGACGACGAGGGCAGCAGCCAGGGCGAGCCACAGUCAAAGAGCCCCCAGGAGUCCCGCCGGCUGAGCAUCCAGCGCUGCAUCCAGUCGCUGGUGCACGCAUGCCAGUGCCGCAACGCCAACUGCUCGCUGCCGUCCUGCCAGAAGAUGAAGCGGGUGGUGCAGCACACCAAGGGCUGUAAGCGCAAGACCAAUGGGGGCUGCCCGGUGUGCAAGCAGCUCAUCGCCCUCUGCUGCUACCACGCCAAGCACUGCCAAGAAAACAAAUGCCCCGUGCCCUUCUGCCUCAACAUCAAACACAAGCUCCGCCAACAGCAGAUCCAGCACCGCCUGCAGCAGGCCCAGCUCAUGCGCCGGCGGAUGGCCACCAUGAACACCCGCAACGUGCCUCAGCAGAGUCUGCCUUCUCCUACCUCAGCACCACCUGGGACCCCCACGCAGCAGCCCAGCACGCCCCAGACACCGCAGCCCCCUGCCCAGCCCCAGCCCUCACCCGUGAGCAUGUCACCAGCUGGCUUCCCCAGCGUGGCCCGGACUCAGCCCCCCACCACGGUGUCUGCAGGGAAGCCCACCAGCCAGGUGCCAGCACCCCCACCCCCUGCCCAGCCUCCACCUGCAGCGGUGGAAGCGGCUCGGCAGAUUGAGCGUGAGGCCCAGCAGCAGCAGCACCUGUACCGGGUGAAUAUCAACAACGGCAUGCCCCCAGGGCGCACGGGCAUGGGGACCCCAGGAAGCCAGAUGGCCCCCGUGAGCCUGAACGUGCCCCGACCCAACCAGGUGAGCGGGCCCGUCAUGCCCAGCAUGCCUCCUGGCCAGUGGCAACAGGCACCCCUUCCCCAGCAGCAGCCAAUGCCAGGCAUGCCCAGGCCUGUGAUGUCCAUGCAGGCCCAGGCGGCUGUGGCCGGGCCCCGGAUGCCCAGCGUGCAGCCACCCAGAAGCAUCUCCCCCAGCGCCCUGCAAGACCUGCUACGGACCCUGAAGUCACCCAGCUCCCCUCAGCAGCAGCAGCAGGUCCUGAACAUUCUCAAGUCAAACCCGCAGCUAAUGGCAGCUUUCAUCAAACAGCGCACAGCCAAGUAUGUGGCCAAUCAGCCUGGCAUGCAGCCCCAGCCUGGCCUCCAGUCCCAGCCCGGCAUGCAGCCCCAGCCCGGCAUGCAGCCCCAGCCCGGCAUACACCAGCAGCCCAGCCUGCAGAACCUGAACGCCAUGCAGGCUGGCGUGCCGCGGCCUGGUGUGCCUCCACAGCAACAGGCAAUGGGAGGCCUGAACCCCCAGGGCCAGGCCCUGAACAUCAUGAACCCAGGACACAACCCCAACAUGGCGAGUAUGAAUCCACAGUACCGAGAAAUGUUACGGAGGCAGCUGCUGCAGCAGCAGCAGCAACAGCAGCAGCAGCAGCAGCAACAGCAGCAGCAGCAACAAGGGAAUGCUGGCAUGGCUGGGGGCAUGGCAGGGCACGGCCAGUUCCAGCAGCCUCAAGGACCUGGAGGCUACCCGCCAGCCAUGCAGCAGCAGCAGCGCAUGCAGCAGCAUCUCCCCCUCCAGGGCAGCUCCAUGGGCCAGAUGGCGGCCCAGAUGGGACAGCUCAGCCAGAUGGGGCAGCCAGGGAUGGGGGCAGACAGCACCCCCAACAUCCAGCAAGCCCUGCAGCAGCGGAUUCUGCAGCAGCAGCAGAUGAAGCAGCAGAUUGGGUCCCCAGGCCAGCCGAAUCCCAUGAGCCCCCAGCAACACAUGCUCUCAGGACAGCCACAGGCCUCGCAUCUCCCUGGCCAGCAGAUCGCCACAUCCCUUAGUAACCAGGUGCGGUCUCCAGCCCCUGUCCAGUCUCCUCGGCCCCAGUCCCAGCCUCCACAUUCCAGCCCGUCACCACGGAUACAGCCCCAGCCUUCGCCACACCACGUCUCACCCCAGACUGGUUCCCCCCACCCCGGACUUGCAGUUACUAUGGCCAGCUCCAUAGAUCAGGGACACUUGGGGAACCCCGAACAGAGUGCAAUGCUCCCCCAACUGAACACCCCCAGCAGGAGCACGCUGUCCAGCGAACUGUCCCUGGUCGGGGACACCACGGGGGACACGCUAGAGAAGUUUGUGGAGGGCUUGUAGCAUUGUGAGAGCAUCACUUUUUUUCCCUUUCAUGUCCUUGGACCUUUUGUACUGAAAAUUCAGGCAUCUAGGUUCUUUUUAUUCCUAGAUGGAACUGCAACUUCCAAGCCAUGGAAGGGUGGAUUGAUGUUUAAAGAAACAAUACAAAGAAUAUAUUUUUUUGUUAAAAACCAGUUGAUUUAAAAUAUCUGGUCUCUCUCUCUCUCUCUCUUUGGUUUUUUUUUGGGGGGGGAUUUCCGUUUUGUUUUUGUUUUGGGGGGAGGGGGGUUUGUUUGAAUUCUUUUUGUCGUCAUUGCUGGUGACUCAUGCCUUUUUUUAAUGGGAAAAACAAGUUCAUUAUAUUCAUAUUUUUUAUUUGUAUUUUCAAGACUUUAAACAUUUAUGUUUAAAAGUAAGAAGAAAAAUAAUAUUCAGAACUGAUUCCUGAAAUAAUGCAAGCUUAUAAUGUAUCCCGAUAACUUUCUGAUGUUUCGGGAAGAUUUUUUUUCUAUAGUGAACUCUGUGGGCGUUUCCCAGUAUUACCCCUGGACGAUAGGAAUUGACUCCGGCGUGCACACACACGUACUCACACCCACACACAUCUAUCUAUACAUAAUGGCUGAAGCCAAACUCUUGUCUUGCAGAUGUAGAAAUUGUUGCUUUGUUUCUCUGAUAAAACUGGUUUUAGACAAAAAAUAGGGAUGAUCACUCUUAGACCAUGCUAAUGUUACUAGAGAAGAAGCCUUCUUUUCUUUCUUCUAUGUGAAACUUGAAAUGAGGAAAAGCAAUUCUAGUGUAAAUCAUGCAAGCGCUCUAAUUACUAUAAAUACGAAACUCGAGAAGAUUCAAUCACUGUAUAGAAUGGUAAAAUACCAACUCAUUUCUUAUAUCAUAUUGUUAAAUAAACUGUGUGCAACAGACAAAAAGGGUGGUCCUUCUUGAAUUCAUGUACAUGGUAUUAACACUUAGUGUUCGGGGUUUUUUGUUAUGAAAAUGCUGUUUUCAACAUUGUAUUUGGACUAUGCAUGUGUUUUUUCCCCAUUGUAUAUAAAGUACCGCUUAAAAUUGAUAUAAAUUACUGAGGUUUUUAACAUGUAUUCUGUUCUUUAAGAUCCCUGUAAGAAUGUUUAAGGUUUUUAUUUAUUUAUAUAUAUUUUUGGAGUCUGUUCUUUGUAAGACAUGGUUCUGGUUGUUCGCUCAUAGCGGAGAGGCUGGGGCUGCGGUUGUGGUCGUGGUGGCAUGGGUGGCGGCUGGGAACUGUGGCCCAGGCUUAGCGGCCACCUGGAGGGUUUAUUCCCAGAGACUGAGGUGGGUGGCUCAGUGUUGGCCCCACACAUUCGAGGCUCACAGGUGAAUGUAACACAGUUAGGGUCACCAGUUGGUCUGAAACUGCACUUGGCCCACUCCUCCAUCCUCCGUGCCCGUCAUAGCUGCGCCCCCAGAAGCAGGGCUUCCUCCCAUAUUCAGGCAGCUCCCCACAUACACAACUCCCAGAAUUUGAGACAGAGGGUGCUCCAGGCUCGAAAGGUGCUUCCUGACUCCCCAACAUCCUGCCACCACCAUGCAGCCUGUCCUAUGUGGCCUUGGAGAAAAAUGCUGAGGGGCAGACAUGUUGGAGCACCAGCUCCAGUUCCUGUUACAGUAAGAAAGGUCCCCCACUUUGAAAGACACUUGGACUCGGCUACAUGGUCCCAAUUCCCUUGGAGUCCAGUUCAGGCCCCCUUACUGAGUGGGUGAGACCAGUUCACAAAAACCGCAAAACAAAGGAGGACCAUCGUUGGGAGAGCUGAAGUUUAUCCCCUAGUCUGCCGCCCCUGACACCCAGAGAACUCACUUUAUCCCUAGUCCACCAGCCAAAGAGUGCUCUAGGUGGGGGGUAAUGGUAAAUUUAGAAAUCAUGGCCCAAAUAGCUUCCAUUUGGGCCCUUACCGUCACAGAUAUUUUUAAAAUACUUGAAUACUUGAUUUGUGAAUCUAAAUUCAAGGAAUCUUUCUAAGAAAUUGGAAAGGUCCAAUCUAGCUUUUACCAUACAGCUUUGAAUCUUGAGUUAUAAAAUGUAAAAUAAUUAAACCAGGCAAAAGACCACCAUCUGGCACCUCCAGCCAGCCCCCAUUCACCGCAUCCCAGGAGGGCAACACAGGCCCGGCCUCCAGUGGAGAUUGCUACCCCUACUCAGCCUGCUGGGUUCUUACACCUCCAUGAUCCUCUUCACCUUUUCCACCCAUGGGGAAGCCUUGAGCCACGUGUUCAAACAAGAAGUGGGCUGGAGCCCAGGAGCAGCAUCUCUAAGCCCACACUCAGAAAGUAGCACCCUCCUGGUUGUGCAGCCUUUUAAUGUGGGCAGUGGAGGGGCCUCUGUUUCAGGUUACCGUGGAAUUCAAAACUUUAUGUACCAACCUCAUUCCUUUCGGAGGCUACAUCCCAUGCAACCAUCUUGGGCAAUCCAGAUGUCGAAGGAUGUGGAUGCUAACCCUAAGCUUGUCUAAGGAAAUAUCUGUAAGAAAGCUGGAAAGCCCCAACGCUGUGUCUCAUGCUGUAUACUUAAGAGGAGAAGAAAAAGUCCUAUAUUUGUGAUCAAAAAGAGGAAACUUGAAAUGUGAUGGUGUUUAUAAUAAAAACUGGUAAAAC